AAGCAGCAAGCUCGCGCCUGUGGUGCCCGUGGCGCGUGCUCUGCGGUUGGCGUUGGCCUGUUCACCGGUGUCCGCAGGAAAACUGAUCCAGGAUUGAAGGCCCUGCCUUUGCGUUGCUUGCGCCAGAGUAAAGGCAGGGCUGCUGUCAUCAAGGUGCAACAACCGUAGAGCACCUCGCCGAGCGCUCGCUGUAUCAUGAGCAGCAAUCAAGAUCCCACAGACACCGACGAACCUGCCGUGGACGAUCAGCUGCAGCCAUUGCCAGUUGUUCUCGAGUCCAAGCACGGCGAUUCUGGCGACAGCCAACCGACAGGGCAGCAGGGCGACAGCGGGGCGGCAGGCGAGCCUAGAGCGUCGCCUUCGACGUCAGCAGCUACUUGUGCACCUGGAGGAGGCUCCGACGAGUUCGAAGGCAUUGAUGCGUCUAAGUCCUCCGGCUUGGAGCCCGGCACUGCCGAGGUGUCGACGCAGACCGACAAGACGCCUGUGUUCAUGCACCGUGCAAAUUGCACUUGUCGAGGAGGCAGAGGAUCGGAGCAGGAACUCGGUUCAAGCAAAGAAAUGAGCGGUGCCCGCAUGCGCGCUUCAGCAGGAGGUCGCGCCACCAGUGGGAGCUCUACAAACUACUACUACCAGACCCGCGGCACUCCGCACGUAUGCGGCAAUGGGGUCGAAACGCAUUCUGGAGGUGAAGGACGACAUUCGAGAGAACGUAGAUGGGGAUUGACCGGUUCGCAGUCGUUCCCCGGUGACCUUGAGGAAAGCCCACGCCGGUCGAUAGCUGAGCGCAAGCUCAGUGUGGAGGAAUCGCUGACCGAAGCACGAGAAGUCUUGCAAGAAAUUCUGCACGAAAUUCUGAACGAGGCACAAAAGCUUGCGCCAACCUCGUCCUUGAGCGGCAUCGUCCUUGAAGAAAAGUUGCCGGGGAGGUCCUUGCACUUUUCGCCAGCUUCUCAUGCGCGUUCAACUUUCUUGCAAUUCGAGCUAACUGGGGACUUGCGAUCGGCGGUGGACCCCAUCCUGGACACUCUUGAGGACUUGGAGGACGAAAGUCUUGAUCCUCGCGGCGACGUUCGGCAUUACAUCGUCGGGGACGAACUCUGUGCAGUCUACAAGCGCAUCGAGGCGCACUGGGGGGAGACCUGCGAGCAGAUCUGCCGGGACAUGAACUGCAGGUACGCGCAGUUCGUGGCUGACUGCCGGAACUGCCUCAAGGCUGAGGCGGCCGAAUCCGAGCGCAAGCAACUGCGUCGUGACAUGACCGAGGCUCGAUGCCACCUCAUCUCUCAGAUGGAGGACGACUUCCGUGACGCCUGCGACGGCUUCAACGAUUGGCGCGCGCGCUAUCUGCAGCACGAGCUCCGGCGCUCGUACGUGGCGUUGCACGACGGCGACCACUUCUCGGUGCUGGCGUCGCUGCUGCGCUACGAGAUCCUGGAGUGCUUGCCGGACCUCGAGAGGCGCACGGAGGAACGCGCUGCCGAGUUGUGGAAAGAGCUGGUCGACCACCGUUGGCGCGACGUCGACGGCUUCUUCGACGACACCGUUUAG